GAUCCAGAGAAACAGAUUGACUGUUGUGAUAUCUUCAAACCAGGAGUCACCCGACAGCUCCGUGGAAAAAAGGCGCCAAUCAGAUGUGUAAUGACAAAAGGAAUUGCGGGUAUUGGAAAGACAUUUGCUGUCCAGAACUUUUCCCUAGACUGGGCAGAGGAAAAGUCCAACCAGCACAUAGAUUUAGUUUUUGUGCUGUACUUUAGAGAGCUGAACAUGCUUCAAGAGGACCACUACAGCCUUCUGUAUCUUCUACUUCUUUUUUACCCUGAUCUAGAACUAGAAAAACACACAGAGGUACUUCUUAAGGAAAAUGUGUUGUUCAUCCUUGAUGGUUUGGAUGAAAGUCGAUUUCCAUUGGAAUUUGAAGGGAGCAAGACAGUAAGUGACGUUGAGCAGAUAUCCACGGUGGACGUGCUGCUGAUAAACAUCAUCAACAGAAACCUGCUGCCAAACUCUCUGAUCUGGAUAACUUCUCGACCAGCAGCAGCCAGUCAGAUACCUUUGGAAUAUGUUGAUCAGAUGACAGAAGUGCGAGGGUUCACUCAGGAGCAGAAGGAGGAAUACUUCAGAAGGGCAUUCAGAGGAGAUGACAAAGCUGAAGAAGUCAUAGCGUGUCUCCGAGGGAUGAUUAGCUUCCAUUUCUUGGGUCAUAUACCCAUCUUCUGUUGGAUCGCUGCUGAAGUGUUUAAGAAUAGAUGGAGCAUCCUGAAGAGUCGAACUGCAACUAUGACGGAGUUGUACAUUUAUUAUCUACGAGAUCAAAUAGAAAAGGCAACAAACAAGUACGAGAAAUGCAUUUUUCAGGAAAACAUUAAGUCACAGAUUGAUGCCAUGCCUUUGAAUCUAUCCAAACUGGCAUUCGACCAGCUGGUGAAAUGCAAUGUGCUGUUUUAUGAAGAGGACCUCAGAAAACGUUUCAUCCAUGUUGACAAAGAUUCAGGGUUUUGUGGUUUUUGCUCAGAAAUCCUGAAGGAAGAAUUCAGGCUGGACAAGAAGAAGAUUUUCAGUUUUGUGCACCAAAGCUUCCAGGAGUUUCUUGCUGCUUUUUACUUGUUUCGCUGCUGCGUGACAAAGAAUGCCAGUGUGUUGAAGUCCUUCCUGGCUGAAGACCCCGUGGGGCUGAGCUUCAUGGACUUGCUGGAGAGUGUUGUGAACAAAGCCUUGCAGACUGAGAACGGCCAGCUGGACCUCUUUCUAUGUUUCUUCCUUGGCUUCUCCUUGGAGUCAAACCAGAAAAUGCUAGCAGGUUUACUACCACAGAUCGAGAAUAGCUCAAAGACUGUUGAGCAAAUGAGGAGGUACCUUCACAAAUUUAAUUCAGGAAAUGUCCCACUGGAACGAUGCAUGAAUCUUUUACUCUGCAAGUAUGAGUUGAAACGAGAAGUUUCAGGAUGAUGUCAGCGUGAUUCUCCAAUCAGGGAUGAGGCUCU